AUGCCCCCGAUCGCAUCUGCGAACAAUGGCGGCCGUAUCCGCGCUCUCAUUAGCCAGCCCCGUCGAGAUACGCGCGCCGCGGCCGCGGAAUUGCGCAAUUCCGCGGGAAUCGAACGCGAAGAUCCGCGCGAUCCGAUAUCGAUCCGCCCGCCUCUUCACCAUUACUAUACCAUGGAAGAACCACCGGACAGGUCCCAUCGCGAGCCUUGUCACCCUCGCGGGGAGAGUCCGGCGACGGCCACCGCCAUGGUCACCGCCGAUCCCCGAAUCCCGAUUGUAUUGUGGCACGCAUCGACAUAUAUUUCGGCCGUCGGACAUAUGAACGCGUGUGUACUUGUGUGUCUACGGCGGCGUCACUUUGUGGCGGGAUUAAUGGCGUAUUCAUGGGCCGGGAGGAAUGGACCGACGUCGUUACCGAUGCAGACGACCCUCGGCCAACAA